GAUUAUUUCCACGAGUAUACUUACUUACACUAAUAAAAAAGUAAUAACUACUUAAAUUAGCUGUGAAAUCCUAAGUUGGAAAAUGAUAUUAGCCGUUGCUCUUGCAUUGGUCUUCACAUUUGGUGCCACAUUCAUGUCCACUGAAGAGCCGCUUAUUGAGCACUGGAAAUAUGACCGAGAAAGCCGCCGAAAGAUUCUUCAUGAAAAACUUUCCAAAGCCUUGGCUGAAGAGGACGCUAAGCGUGAGAAACCAUGUACAGCGACCAACUGGUCUCUGGAAUAUUUUAUAGAUAGAUAUUUGGCCGAAACCCAUCAUUCUCUGUACAGGCCACCCGAUAACGAGACCAUCGACAACCUUAUAGAAAAUAACGAUCGGGCGCUCUUCCAUCCCUACGUCUUUGAAGAUUAUUUCAAAAAAUAUGACAUAGAUGAAAAUAAGGAACUUGAAAAGAACGUCAUUAAGACUCCAGACGAUUGGAAGUUUACAGACUUCAUAGAAAAAUAUGAGGCAACGACGGUAUGGGAACAGAUCAAUCAAGAAGCGCUGAUCGUGGGACGCAACAAUACACAUGAUAUUAAAUUUUUCUCAUUAACGAAAGGCUUGGAUUCGACAGACGAGCUGCUAGGUCUCGAAGUUCCGCGUAGCGGUCGCCGGUGGUGGAACAACCAGUGGCCAGAACCGCAGGCUCCACACAACGGCAGCCUGAAAAACGGUGACCUAGAAACCGUCAUGUACCUCAUGAGACAAGCCAUCUACCACGCUAGGAACAGAAUGAAGGUCAUGCAGCAACUAAGAGAGGAAUAUAGGAUGACAGCGUUGUACAAGAUGGGAUACCUUUUUGGUAAAACUGAUUACUCAGGUAAAAUUUUCUCUUCUCUCGCAUUCAAAGCGUUCAGAGAUUGUUCGACGACGCGACAGAGAAUAUUUGGGUAUAAUCGUAUAUACAAAUUUUAUAUGGAUACAGCGUACAAUAUCGAGCGGUUGUUGGCCAGGUGGUUUGAUGUGGAUAUAAAUAAAGAUUUACUGACAUCUAACGAUCUAAUAGUUCGGCAAAUACUGUUAAAAGACAAGAAUUUAACUACGCCUGCGAUGGUUGUUCAGGCUUUUGACCAAAUGUUUAUUGAAUAAGAUGGUCUAUUCUCUAGCCGCGCAGACAUCAACACUUGCUAAGAU